UAGUUUACUUUCUUUCCCACUUGGCUUUAAAGAUAAUUGCUUUGGUGCAGUUGGGCAGUGCCCCACCAUUUUAAAUUUUCAGAAACCGCAGAAGAUUUGAAGCCAAAUAACACUGACAUCUCUCUGUGCGUCUCCAUGCAAUUUCUUUCUUCUGGGUCAUUCAUAAUUUGCCCUUUGGUUUCAUUAGCGUAUUGCUAUAAGUUCUCUCUGUUUCUUUCAAUUGAGGAGUCAAUGCUGAGGCAACGGGUUUCAAAGCCCAAGAACAGGGAGCUCGUGCUCGUGCAUGUGGGGUUGUGAAGUAUAGUCUUUGGACAGUCAAAUCUCGUGGUUUUAGCUUUGGCUUCUAAACUUACUGGAACUAGCUUCGCCAUUUCGAUUUGGGUUUUUAUGUUUCUGCUUCUGCGACUAGUGGAAGUAGAAUGCAUUUGAAGGGGUGGUUUCUUUGCUGAGCUUUUGUUUGCUCCUCGGGAAAUGUGAACCAGAGUUCCUUACUUAUAGGGGUUCUCGGAUAGAGUCGUUCACUUGUCCAUUUUCAUCAAUUUGGUCGUGAGAUGUAGAAAGAGCUGCUAGAUUGUAAAGAAAGCAUCGACCUAGAAUUCUGAGAUUUUUUUGGUCCCUCAAUAUAUUGAACUUUUUUGGUGCAUUCUCUUGGUACUCUGUUAUUUAAAUCCAUUUCUUUGCUGGAUACUCGCGAGGUCAUAUUCAGUUUGUCUCAGCUGGUUUUUGGACUGAAGUUACUCUCAGAGCCAGAGGGGGCAGGCCCGCCCAGCAAAGGAGAGAAGGAGAGAACUUCUGACUUCAUCAAUUGGGAAUAAAUCAGAGAAGAUUCAUUCGCACACACCCUUCUUCAUUUGUCACUUUCAAGGAGUAUUGGGACCUUAAAGCUUUUCCACAAAGGCAAAUACAGUUUUCUUUUAAAUUAUUUGGCAGUAAGCAUCAUGUAAACUUCAGGGAUUUCUGUUCAUACUUUGAAUGAUCUAGCCAUCCUCGGGAAGUUAGCAGUGCUUCAUUUUUCUUCCUUUUUCUGAACAGUGACCAUCGAUGACCUUGAUUGAGGUCUGGUAAGCCUGCCAGAUUGGUGUAAAACUUGAGCUUUUAGGAACAUAUCUGAAGGUUUAUCUGAAAAAGUUGUUUGAGAUGGCUGAAAAUGCACAGGAGAUGCGAUCUUUGGCUUUGACGCCCACUUGGUCUGUUGCAUCUGUGCUGACUAUUUUUGUUGCAGUCUCUUUGCUUGUUGAGCGGUCCAUUCACCGGCUAAGCACUUGGUUGGGGAAAACUAACCGAAAGCCAUUAUUUGAGGCAGUGGAGAAAAUGAAAGAAGAGUUAAUGCUGCUUGGAUUUAUUUCUCUCCUUUUAACCGCUACAUCAACCUCGAUAGCAAAUAUCUGCAUCCCAUCAAAGUUCUAUGAUACCCCUUUUACUCCAUGCACCAAAUCUGAGAUCGAGGAACAAAAAGAAGACAGUUCAACUGAGGAACGGAAACUAUAUACGGUUUCUGUUUUACCCCAUUUGUUCAGGCGGAUGCUUAAUGUGAAUAAGAACACCUGCAAAGAGGGUUAUGAGCCGUUUGUUUCAUAUGAAGGUCUUGAGCAAUUGCAUCGUUUUAUCUUUAUAAUGGCAGUAACUCAUAUAUCUUAUAGCUGCUUAACAAUGUUACUGGCAAUUGUGAAGAUUCACGGAUGGAGAGUAUGGGAAGAUGAAACCCACGUGGACAGACAUGAUUCACUAAAUGACAUCACAAGAGAAAUGACGAUGCGGAGGCAAUCAACCUUUGUUCGAUAUCACGCUUCAAAUCCUAUGACCAGGAACGGUUUUCUCAUUGAUGAGCUACAUCCAGAAGGACCUGAUGAUGAAAUCAAAUGGAAGAAUUGGAUAAUGAUGAAAACAUGUUUCUUCCGGCAAUUUGGGAAUUCUGUAGUUCGUGCCGACUAUCUCACACUCCGCAAGGGCUUCAUCAUGAAUCACCACCUCUCCUUGACAUAUGAUUUCCACAGUUACAUGAUUCGCUCAAUGGAAGAAGAAUUCAAAAGGAUAGUUGGUGUGAGUGGCCCGCUGUGGGGAUUCGUUGUUGCAUUCAUGCUCUUUAAUGUUAAAGGCUCUAAUUUGUAUUUCUGGAUAGCAAGCAUUCCGAUUACUCUUGUUCUUUUUGUGGGCACGAAGCUGCAGCAUGUAAUUGCAACAUUGGCAUUGGAGAGUGCUGGUAUAACUGGUUCUUUCUCGGGUUCGAAAUUAAAGCCAAGAGAUGAUCUUUUCUGGUUUAAGAAGCCUGAACUCCUCUUGUCCUUGAUCCACUUUAUCCUUUUCCAGAAUGCGUUCGAGUUGGCAUCAUUCUUCUGGUUCUGGUGGCAAUUUGGAUAUAAUUCUUGCUUUAUUAGGAAUCAUCUGCUUGUCUAUGCAAGACUCAUCUUGGGAUUCGCCGGGCAGUUCCUUUGCAGCUACAGCACCUUGCCCUUAUAUGCUCUUGUAACUCAGAUGGGAACAAACUAUAAAGCUGCAUUAAUUCCACAAAGAAUAAGGGAAACAAUGCAUGGAUGGGGUAAGGCAGCAAGAAGAAAGAGAAGGCUUCGCUUAUUCACUGAUGACACCACGAUUCACACCGAAACAAGCACAGUGAUGUCACUUGAGGAUGACGACCAUCGGCUUAUUGAUGAUACUCCCGAAACUAUAGCUGACUAUAUGGAAAUCGAGCUACAGCCAACUGCUGCAUCAGAUGUAUCUGAUCCCUUUGCUAAUGAAAGGCCAAGCAGGGCUAGAACGCCUGUUCUACAACCCUCUGCAUCUCUUUCUUCACCAGCUGAUCCGAAGUUUGAGAUGGAAAGCUUUAUGAGAAGCAUUUCCAUGCCAGCCAAAAGAUAGUGCAGUGAAAACAUAACAGCCGAGAGAAAGAAAACGACAGCGGAGCAGUACCAAUAGCGAUAGUUGCAUAUAAAUCAGUAUGUGAUUUGGUCGAAAUCAAGUGUUUGAAAAUAUGAGGCUAGAGGUUUAUAGGGAUACUCAUACUGAACAUGAACUUGUGAAAGUCAGCAUAUGUAACAUAUUCAUGAAAAAGCUUGAUACGUAGAGAAAAGUUCUGCAUUUAAA